AUGUCAGCGAAAUCGGUGGACCGGCGACAAACAGAUUCCUCUGGGCCCUCACUUAAGCAAGAAGAAGAAUCCUCUGGCGUGCCUGCAGAAUUAGAAUCAGUGAAUACCCGCCUUGGCCGCCUGAAAGACGAGGUCCUGCCCUCCGCGCCAUACCUCCUCACUGUUCCCACAGACGUGCCUUUUCGCCUCGGAAAUAGGUUCGUCAACAAUUGGGCAGUGGGGAAGAAGGGCCCGUUUGCGAUCGAGGAACAGCAACUUCAAUAUAUGACGUUUUUGAUGCACCACGACGCGGACUCUCUACUUGUUGCUGUUGGAGACUGGUCGGAUAACGACGGAAGGGUCAUGGCAAAACAAGAUGAUGGGAAACCGCGGGUGGCUACACCCACUACCCCUGCAGCGACACAAGGUGGUGCGGCAAAGAAGAAGAUCAGUCUAAGCGACUACAAGACCAGGGCGAAGGGAGAUUCGACAAGAGAGCAUUCAGUUGACAACCGAGAACCGCCUCACAAUGAUAGCCGAAAAGAGAAGCGCGAUACCCUGCAAGUACCUGCUUCUCGUACAAUAAAGGAACGAGCCUCUAACGAUCGACUGAAUGAAAGCGUAAACACGACCUCCCCAAGCUCUAAACGACCACUUAAGGAUUCCUCGAAGCCAGCAAGCGACGCUCCUGCCCCGAAGCGCGCACGAUUAACUCCUCCCGAGUCUGCAGAAGAAAAGGUCCCUGCAGACAAAAAACCAAACGGCAUUCCCGCCCUUCUAUCCCCUACACUCCCGCCAGCCUCUUCCAGUCCACGUCUACCAGAACUAUUGUCUCCCACCCUACCACCCGAACUUGAGGCAGAACUUGCCCAUCUAGAAGACGAGUCUCCUAUGCCUCUAAAGCGUGAAACAACCUCUGUCGCCAAAGUUGAAAGCAGGAAUGGGACUCCGAGCAUAAAAGCUCCGGUUUAUGAUCGAAUACGUACUGAACAGAAGUCGACUAGUACACAGCCCAAGGAGACAAGCAAAACCACUCCACUUUCUACUAGUGGGAAAACGAACCCUAGACGCGAUUCGGAUCUGCGAUCUACAUCCCCGUACGCCCAUAAAUCGCCGGUACCAAGCACUACGACUAAAACAAAAGCGGCCCCCUCAACUGUAACAGGGUCCACAGCAACCAAAAAGCUUAUAGUCAAAUUGAAGUAUGGGCGAGCGAACAGGAAACGAGUGGGCGCUCUACUCAAGUUCGGCGGCAAAAGCAAACUAUUCGACAGUCUAUCUUCCAGAGCAUCGAAAGAAUCAUUAUCUGGAGACGAAGAUGGUGAAAUCUCACGAUCUGAAUCGAAGUUACGAGGAAGGAAACGAGAACGCUCGCCAGAUGACGAUGGGAUAGAAGAGCACCCACCGCGAGAAACGAUUAGGGCCGGCAAGACUGUUCCUUCUGACAAGAUUAAAUCUUCAAACGCCACUUCAUUCAAAUCACCAUCGAGCAAGCGACCUGCUGUUUCGAAACCAGAGUCUGCUGUUCCAACACCGGUCAAAGACAGUCGAGCCAGACAUCAACGUAUUACAGAUGGAGAUGCGGAAGUGAAGACACCUUCAGGCGUAUUGAGUGGAAAAUCCCUUCCACCAAAGCCAGACAAGACUGUACAAAUGUCACCUACAAACGGCGACGUGAUGAAGGCUCGAGACCAAGAAAGGAGGUCGUGGCGCGACGAGUAUACCAAAUACACGGGACUAGGUCGGGAAUUGAAGCACACCGCAGAUGGAUAUUCUAGAGCAAGAGCCUCCAGCAACGAGAAUGUGUCAAGCUUAGAUGGGAAACUGGCGGCAGCAUCUGCUGUUGAAUCAAUCCUCUGUUUCAUUGUCGCGUUUGUGGCGAAUGACCAUCACAGAUCGUUAGCCCGACAGAUUGGUGAUUCUGAGACCUGGAGAUCCAUCAUCCCGUAUUGGCGUGUGGUGGAAAGGACUGCGUCUGCUUACCCUCAUCUACACGGACUGUGCCUUGUUCUGGGUGCCGUGUCUCGCGAUACCAUAAACAGCCUAGAUAUGGAGCGACUCGCAGUCUGUCCUCUGCCCGGCGAACAAAGUCCCGUCCCUACUCCAGGCAGUGACGGGAACACUGUAACCUCUGACCGCAACAGCAGCAACAGAAGCCACAAUAAAAAAGAGUUCUUAGAUAUUCGCAGUCGUCUCCCCGAAAAUCACAAAGAAGCCAAUCGCCUUUGGCUCGAAGGCUGUCGCGAGCUUUCAGACGAUGUCCUCGCUAAAGAGUAUCCAGAGACAUGGUCAAGUCGAUCCCGCAAUUAUGCAGAACGAGGCCAUGACAGCUUUAAGAUUGGUCAAUAUGCCGGUGGCUUUUUCCUACCGUUUGGCCGCACAACGACGCCCAUGGAAACAGUCCGGUUUGGAGUUGCAUUGUUACGAGAGUGGUGCAAGAAGGAGAAUAUAGAUUUCAAAGCUCGGUUGAAGCUUUGA